CUCUCUCUCUCAACUCUGCUCCUGCUCCCUUUUCUUCUCUCGGCCUGCUGCUUUCUCUUCUGCUGUUUUGUGGUGGAUCGUGCUCUUUCGCAUCGUUUGCAAAGCUGGCGUGCUGUCCACCACACGAGGAGACUAUCAUCAGCCACCGCCUACCCCCACGCCUUCACUAGAGCACCCCUCGCCAGAUGCGCUUCCUGGAAGACCAACAACAUGUCCAUAUGACAUCCAUGAACGACAGAAGUCCAUUUAAUUUUUUUCACUGUCAUCUGCUUCUCUGACUGUCUGAAUCUAUCCUUAUCCACAACCACACAAGCCGAAGCUCUAUCACUCGUCUCCAACACACUUACUCUUCCCCGUCCAUCUUCUUUUUUCUGAUUUAAUCAAACCAUUGGAUAACAUCUUGCUGCUUCUGCUGUUCAGGGACACAGAAGAAAAAAUGGCUGGAGGAAGUGAUCCAUUUCAGAGUUAUUUUGAGAAAGUGGAUGGUGGUUUAUUGAAGUGCAUUUUUUGUGAGAAGACAUUGGCUGGAAGUACUUCCACUACAAGGAUGAAAUAUCAUCUGGCAAGAGUUGGAGGUGGUGGUGUUAAAAUUUGUGAAAAAGUAACUCCAGAUGUUCAACGAGCAGCGUUUGAUAAGCUUCCUGACAGAAUGCGUGGGAGCAUGCCAAGUUCAAGCAAUAAUAUAAUAGUUACUGCAGAUUCAGAUCCUGCGCAAGAUUUAGAAAUGCAACAACAAGGACAAUCUCUUUUGGAUGAUUUUUCAUGGAUGGAUAGCUUGACUUGGGAAGAGAUUGUGCUUCCUGAGGAGACCAUGGUUCCUAGCAUGCAUAUGCCCGAUGCACCUGAGACUGGAUUGGGAAUAGAGCCAGCAGUUCAAGCAUUUGAAACGGAUAUGAAUAACAUCACAUCUUCAUUGACGAGGGAUGUUGAGUUAAGCAGUGGUAUAGAGAGUCGGGAAUUGAUGCAGGCUGUUACUGAGAGAGGAAGCUGUUCUAAAAUGCCUGUCGAUAAGAGUGUGCCAAGUUCAAGCAAUAACGAGGGAAUUAAUGCAGCUUCAACUGCUUUGCGGGGCUUAGAAAUGGAACAAGAAGAACAACCUCUUUCGGAUGAACGAGGACGGAAGGGUUUUCUGAUUGGGGGGGAGACUGAGCUUGUCGAGGAACCUAGAGCUCCUGUCGUUCUUAUGCCAGAUGAACCCGAGACUAGACAAAGAACAGAGCAAGCACAUCAGUCAUUUGAAAUGAACUUGAAUAACAUCUCAUCCUCAUCAAUGAGGGAUUUUGAGUUAAGAAUUGCUAGACUGAUCUUGAGACCGGAAUUGAUGCAGUCUGUUGUUGAGAGACGACCCUCUUCUAAAAGUCCUGUACAUAAGAAACGUAGGACAGGAAGAUAUGUAUUGCCGACAACGAAGCUAGUGGUGGGCCAAGCGUUUGAAAGAAAUAUGAAGGGUGUCUGCUCUUGGUUGUUGAAUGAUGAGGUCUUAUGCAUUGGCAUUUACGGGAUGGGGGGAAUUGGAAAGACAACUUUGGCUACGCAUAUCCACAAUCAGCUUCAAGAGAAACCAGACAUUUUUCCUCGUGUUUGUUGGAUUUCUGUGCCUCAAGAAUUUAGCGUUCACGCAUUGCAGGAUCUCAUUGCCGAAGCUUUUGGUUUAUAUCUUGGGAAUAGAAAAGAUGUGGUGAACAGAGCCGGGGAGCUAUGGACAACAUUGAGUGUGACAAAAUGUGUUUUAAUUAUUGAUAAUUUGUGGAAUCAUUUUCCUCUUGAUAAAGUGGGAAUACCUCUUAAAACAGAUGGGUGUAAGCUGAUUCUUACAACUAGAUCAUUGGACACAUGUCGAAAAAUGGAUUGCCAAAGGAUAAUCAAAGUGGAGCCUCUUUCUGAGGAUGAGGCUUGGGAUUUGUUCAUAGACAGAUUAGGGCAUGGUGUUACACUUUGUCCUGAAAUGAAAAAAACGGCAGUGUCUAUUGUGAAGAAGUGUUCUGGUUUGCCUCUCGGAAUCAUGACAAUGGCUGGAAGCAUGAAGGGAGUGGAUGAUGUAUCUCAGUGGAGAGAUGCAUUGCGGGAACCAGCAAGUUCAGAAAGUGGAACAUGUGACACGGAAACUGAUGUAUUUCAGAUAUUGAAAUUUAGCUAUGUUCAGUUAAAACAUAAAGCAAUUAAAGAUUGCUUCUUAUAUUGUGCAUUGUUUCCAAAAGACAAGAAGAUCAGGAGAGAGGACUUGAUAGAGUAUUUGAUUGAUGAGGGUAUAGUAAAAAAAAUGGGGAGUAGGCAAGCGCAAUUUGAUCGGGGCCAUACCAUGCUUAAUCAACUUGAAAAUGCCAGCUUAUUAGAAGGUUCCAGGGACGAAGAAAAUUACAGAUAUGUCAAGAUGCAUGAUUUGAUUUGGGAUAUGGCUGUGAAAAUAAUGAACGAAAGUGGGAGUGAUAUGGUUCAAGCAGGUGCACAACUAACAGAAUUACCCGAUGGAAGAUGGUGGAGAGAUAAUCUGUCAAGAGUUUCACUCGUGGAAAAUAGAAUCGAGAAUAUUCCAACAGACUUUUCACCAAUGUGCCCCCGUCUGUCAACAUUAUUGUUAUGCAGAAACUACAAAUUGAAUUUGGUUGAGGAUUCUUUUUUCCAGCACCUCAUCGGACUCAAGGUUCUUGAUCUUUCCGACACAGAUAUAGAGAAGUUGCCGGAUUCUAUUUGUCAUCUGACGAGUCUCACUGCAUUGUUGCUGGGAUGGUGUGCAAAGCUGAGUUAUGUACCAUCAUUAGCCAAGCUUAAGGCUAUGGAGAAGUUGGAUCUCAGUUGCACUGGACUUGAAGAUUUGCCCGAGGGAAUGGAAAGGCUGGAGGAUCUCAGGUAUCUUAAUCUUGAUGGAAGUGGGGUGCGUGUUUUACGGUCGGGUAUUUUACCCCAACUCUCAAAAUUACAGUUCCUCAAGCUUCAUCAGAAAGCUGAAGUUGUUCUCUCAAUUAGAGGAGAUGAAAUUUCCAGAUUAUAUCAUUUGGAAACUUUGGAAUGCAACUUCCGUGAUCUAGACGAUUUCGGAUUUUUCCAAUCUGGACGGAGAGUUUCACAAAUUGCAUGCAAGGUUACUGUAGGACGACCUUCUUUCUCUUCACUUGAAGAUCUUAAUUAUACAAGAUCGAAGUCUGGGUUAAUUAAAGAGGCUUGGUUUUAUGACCUCAUGAUUGACAAUGCAGUUUGUCUGUUCCCGCGCUUCUUUACAAAAGUAGUUAUUGUGAGAUGUCAAAACAUGAGAAGCUUAUGUCCAUCAUAUGAAAUUAAAGUGCUUAGCGGGCUUGAGAUUCUACACCUUGAUGGUUUGAUGAUCUUAGAAACCCUUUUUGAAGCAGAACCUUCAGAGCUACGUACUGCUGGUGUCUUCUACAAUCUCAGAGAGAUCGUGAUACAUAAAUGUCAUAGGAUAAAGGUGCUGCUCCCUUGGUUUUUGUCUACACUCCGAUUGGAAGUGAUUGUAGUCGAAGAUUGUUACAACAUGCAGGAGAUAAUGGGAAGUGGUGAAGUUUUGGUACAUGGAGAGGAGCAUUCCUCUCCAUUUGGUAGUUUUGAUACGACAUUGAGGGUUUUGGUAUUGAAGAAAUUACCAAAUUUGAAAAGCAUUUAUUCUGGAAGACUUAUAUGCAAUUCUCUCGAAGAAAUUACUGUGGGUGAUUGCCCGCAGCUAACGAGGAUCCCGAUCACUAUUUUCCGUUCUCUUAAGAAAAUUGAAGUAGAUCCUGAAAGUUUGUUGAACACAGUUGAGAAUGUUUCAUGAUUUCUAGCCAUUUGCUAUUAUUCCGGGGAUGAAAUUAGGAUUUUAUGAUUUCUAGGGAUUGUUUUGUAUUUUGGUAUUGGAACCUUUACCUCAUAGUAAAGGUAUGACGUCAUGCUAUUUAUGUAAGGAGUGAUCGGGAGGGUGAUAGAAAGUAACAUUUCAGAAUUUCAGCAUCAA